AUGUCCAAAGACCUCUCACGCACGCUCCAACGUACGCUCACCCACCUGCGUCCGGCCUCCCGCAAAGGCGGCCAAUUCGGAGCGCCCGUCCCUUCCCAUUUCGGACCGCAACCCGCUUUCGUACACGUCAAGGAUCGGAUCCCGUAUUGGAACAUCGCGCCGAUGGAUAAGGUCGUCUUGGUCAAGGGGCCCAAGUCGAUCAAGCGCGUGCAGGGGACCGUGCACAGGGUCGAGAGGGAGGCGAAUCGGGUUUGGUUGAGGGAGAAUGAAUUUGCGGUCAGUUUUGACUGCAUCUCUUUUAUGAAAACUCACCUGAUGAUUAAUUUAUGCAUUGCGCAGAUCAAGAAACGUCAACAAGCGCAAUACCCAGGCGAGGCAUUGACCGCUUCUUAUUCCGGUGGAGACGCCCAAGCGACCUAUUACCAACCCCGCGCUUACCACGUUUCCAACCUCCGCUUGCAAGUCACCGACGGGGGCAAAACGUACACCGCGACGAGGUUGAGGAGGAGUAAAGUCACUUGGGAUCGGAGGAACGGCAGAUUCCAUUGGCAUCGAUACGGCUUGGUACCCGAGUUGGUCGGUACGGAGAUUGAGGGGGCGCAGGGGGGAACCCAUACGGGGUGGGUCAAGAUCCCUUGGCCCAAGAUCGAGGUGGAGAAGACGGCCAAAGGGGAGAAUGAUGUAGGAGCGGAAGAGAGCUUGAAGUCGACUUGGGUCCCGACCGUCGACACCUUGACCCAGGGGAUCGACGAGUUGAAGCUUUCGGACAAGGAGUUUGGGCUGGGCAAACAAUCGAGAGCGCACAAGACAAAGAGGUACAACGAGCGCAAAGCAUUGGGCAAAGGCACAGAACAGGAAUUGCAGGUGUCGAGUUUGGGGCAAGCCAUCACCUUGGACAAGUAG